AUGGAGACACAUUCAGUUCAACUCCCUGCCGGCGAACAGGUUGUGACGGUGAGGCUUCUCAAUCCCGUCAACUUUGGACCCGCGAUUUUGCAACGGUUCAUGGCCCCGCCGGUGCCCGGCCUUGAUACAUUCAAGUCUUCGCCUUCUCUUUCCUUUUUGCUCGAGCACCCUUCCGGGAGACGACUCGUGUUUGAUCUUGGUAUUCGCAAAGACUACAGCAACUACGCGCCAUCUGUGGCCGAAUACAUCCCGACUACAAAGUACAACAUCGAGGUCACUCACAACGUGGUGGAAAUCCUCGAAGAGGCCGGCAUAGCGCCCAGUUCUAUCGAGGCAGUCAUCUGGAGUCACUGGCACUGGGAUCACAUCGGCGAUCCCUCCAGUUUCCCUUCAACAACAGACCUCGUUGUGGGUUCCGGAUUCAAGUCGGCAAUGCUUCCAGGUGCACCAGCCAAUCCGAAGUCCCCUAUCCAGGAGAGCGACUAUACAGGCCGCAAUCUCCGCGAGAUCCGGUUCGACGGCCCACAAUGCCUGCAAAUCGGCAAGCUCCCAGCAUUCGACUACUUUGGCGAUGGGUCCUUCUACUUGCUCGACACGCCUGGCCACGCAAUCGGGCACAUGUGCGGCCUGGCCAGAACCACGCCCGCCGGCCCGGACACGGCAUCCACGUUUGUGCUACUUGGUGGAGAUGCAUGCCACUACGCCGGCAUCUUGCGCCCUUCGCCACACCUGCCGCUGCCAGGCGAGAUCCGGCCCCAUCCGUGCUCAUCCUCGUCCUUGUCGUCGUGCCUAUGCCCUGGCUCUGCCUUUGCCGAACUCCAGAGGUCCAGGGGCAGGGCUCCGGACGAUGCCUUGUAUGACAUGACCUUUGGCCACGAUAUACCCCUUGCCAUCACCACGCUCGGCCAUCUACAAGAGUUUGACUGCCACGAGGAUGUAUUUGUCAUUAUUGCUCACGAUUCCACCGUGAGAGAUGGGGCACCGCAUUUUCCCGAGAGUCUGAAUGACUGGAAGGCACGGGGUCUUGGUCAGACGCUAAAGUGGGCAUUCUUGCGGGAUCUUGAGCCGUAUUGGAAGGCCAAAGGGCUAGCAUAG